CUGCACUCCUCAUUUGUGGGCAUGAGGUCAGCACAUUCGAAAAAAAAAGAUAAAUAGGGCCUCUCGCACCCUCGAGCAACAGCACAUCCACCUCCAUCUACCAACACCAAACCACUGCCGACUGCAACCAAUCAUCAUGGCUUCCAACCUUUACGAACGCAUCACGCAGACCGCCCUCGAGUUCGCCCACGGCUACGACCAAGCCAACUGCGGCCGCGACAUCACCACCCUCUCCACCGCCCUAACGCCCACCUGCCGCCGCUACUUCGCCCCCGCCUCUCUCCUCACACAAGCCCCCGCCCUCGCAGCAGGACGCAGCAACGCCGAAUUCGAAGCGCAAACACAGCAAGAACUCACGGGCGCCAUGUCCAGCUGGGAAGUGGAGAUUCUCGAUUUGACCGUCGACGAACGGGCGCGGAAAGCGGUGGUGCGGCUUGUGUCGCACGCGACGAGCAAGCGGGGCAAGACGUAUGACUUUGAGAAUGUGUUUACGCUGUUUUUCACGGAGGACGGGGCCAAGGUGGAGAAGAUUGUGCAGUUUGUUGAUGUUGGGGCUGCGGGGCAGUUUAUGAGAGAUGAGAUGGAGUUUACGGGGCAGUUGCAGUGAGGGGGGAUGAAGGGAUCGAGUAGAGAGGGUAAGACGGAUUACGAGGGACGACUUUGAUACAGAUAGAGCUGCUCAGAGCAAUUGUGAUCGAUUGUCUGGAAACCUCCUCGCCGGGCAGAGCUCCGAAAAUGCCAAAAGAAGAUAAUUAGUCUCCAUUUCCAAACUUAGCUGGUGAUCAAGGUCUGCUAUUUUGGUAGAUUUAGCUCUCUUUAAUUGAGACUAAAUUAGCUGCAUUGAGGCCCCCCACCGAUCCAAAUUCCCACCUAAGUCCCAAAAAUAGCAG